AUGGAGAAACUUGAUACAAACCCUAGUAUUUCUCAAUUACGUCAACACAAGACAUGUGAGCUACUUGUGGCUGCCCCAAAGGUAGCGCGUUCCCAACAACAGAAUUUAUUCCAAAGCAUGUGGAUUGGUGCCACGGCUGGUAUGGGUGGUAUUGUUGCGGUAUAUCCUGUUGAUGUGAUCAAGACACGGAUGCAAAAUAGCCGUGUAGCUACGAGCGCCAUUCAAACGCUCACUACGAUAUUCCGUACCGAGGGCGUUGGGUCUUUUUACAAAGGUCUUGGUCCACAACUGAUUGGAACGAUUCCAGACAAGGCCGUUUCACUUGCAACACGUGAAUUUGUCAAGAGUUUCUUUGAUAAACCUAAUGAGUUUAAGGCGUCACUUACGUCUGCUGCUGUCUCGGGUGUUUUCCAAUCGGUUGUCAUGAAUCCUGUCGAGGUUGUCAAGGUUCGCAUGCAGCUCGAUAGUAAGUUGAAAUUACUGGGCGUGAUUCGUGAUCUUGGACGGCAGGGUCUUUAUCGAGGAUACUCGGCCUGCCUUGCUCGUGACGUCAUGUUUGCCUCCACAUACUUUACGCUCUAUGAUAUGGCCAAGACGCAGCUCGGUGUCCAAGACGGCACUUCGCUUGGUUGGUCAAUGAUUGCAGCCUCUACGGCUGGUAUCCCCGCUGCCUUCAUGUCAACACCACUGGAUUUACUCAAGACGCGUAUGCAGUCGCGUGACGCUACAGUGCAGGGCUUUGUAAACACUUACAGACAGGUGACAGCGGAAGGUGGAUUUGGUGCGCUUUUUGCUGGAUGGGGCCCGCGAGUUAGCCGCAUUGCACCUCAAUUUGGCAUCGUGCUCGUGUCAUUUGACUGGCUAUCGCAUCGAUUUAACCCGGUGGCUCACGUACCUGAGCCCGCAGACGCAGACUCUUUCGCCGACUACUGA